AUGUUUAAAAAUUUAAAAGAAAAGUUAGCAACUCAAGUUACUAAAACAAAUUUAAAUGUAUUACCGAGCAUUCCAUCAUCUGAUUCAGUAUCUAUAUCAAGAGAUUCUGAUACUCGAACAUCUUCAAUUACUAGUCGAGAUGAUAAUCUUGAAAAUAAUCGUUCUCGAUUAGAUUCAGCUUCAAGUGAUAUCAGUCAAUUUAGUGUUAGUCAAAGUUCUAAUUCUAUCAUGACUUAUGUAUCACCAAAACGUACUUAUAUGCCACCAUCGGAUAUUGAAUCUGAAUAUGGUGGUGGUGGUGAUGAGAGUGAUCAUGAAAAUAAUGCUAAAAUGAUAAAAAUGCAAAAAUUACUUGCUAUUUAUAAGAAUAAAUUUAAUCAAUUAAAAAAUGCUUAUGAUGAAGUUGAACGAGAAAAAGAACAUAUUAAAAAUAUUUUACAACAAUAUCAAGAUACAUCAAUGAAACGACUUUCAGAAUUACGUGAACAGACUAAACUUGAUCGACAAGCUAAAGAACAACUUGAAUGUUUACAUAAAAAAGAAAUACGAAAACGAGAAAAUAGAAUUGAAGAACUUACAUUAAAACUUACCGCACAACAAGAUCUCAUUCAAUUACCUCAUGAAACAGAUCAUGAAGAAAUUCAAAAACUUCGUGAAAAGAAUUACAAAUUUGAAGCAUUAUUUAAUCAAUGUAAACAUGCUAUAAAAACCCAUCAAGACAAACAAACUGAAUUAACGAAAGAACGUGAUGAUCUUCUUCAAAAAUUAAAUGAAAAACAAACCGUUAUUGAAUCCAUGAUGAAAGCAACUUCAAAAGGAGAAGAUCAUUUCAGUUUGAAGCAUUUUGUAAGAAAUAUUAUGGAUCGUCAUUCAGACGAAAUAUCAACAUCAUCAGUGGAAGUUCAAGAACAUUUUGAUUCGGAUAUAAGUCUUUUAUUACAAGAUAAACAACGUUUACAAGAACAAUUAGAAUUAUCAAAUCUUCAUAUUCGACAACUUGAAAAUGAACGUGAUUUAACAAAACAACAAAUUAAAAUUGAUGAAGAUAUUAAAGAAAAAUAUGAAAAUUUAUUAAUUAAAUUUAAUGAAAAAUUAGAUUAUAUCGAACAAUUAGUUAAUGAUAAAACAAAACUUGAAACAACAAAUGAAGAAUUUCAAAAACAAAUUCAAUCACUUCAACAAGAUAUAAAUCAAUAUACAGAUCUAAAACUUAUUUUAUCAAAUCAACAAAUGAAUAUUUCUUAUUUAACUGAAGAUUUAAAUAAUUUACGAGCAAUGAUAAAAAAUAUUGAAAAUAUUCUUCCAUCGAAUGAAUCAAUAGAUUUAUUCGAAAGAGUUCAACAAUUAAUUUAUGAUCAUCAAAAUAUUUCUCAAGAAAUUAAUAAUGAAAAACAACAAAAUAAACAAUAUUUCACCACUAUUGAUAAUCUUAAAAAUGAAUAUGAAAAUCGAAUUAAUGAAUUACAACAAACAAAACAACAAUCUAUAGAUGAUGCAGUUAAUCAACUAAAAACUUCUCUCACAAAAUUACAACAAGAUUAUGAUGAAUCUUUUACUAAUUGUACUCAAUUAAGACAAACACUUGAAAAUCAACAACAAGAACAUUUAGAACAAACUACAAAACUUAUCAAUGAAAAGCAACAUGAAUUUAAUAUCAAUAUCCAACAACUACAAGAAGAAAAUCAUCAUCUUAAAUCUCAAAUUGAAGAAAUUGAAAAGUUAAAAGAUUCAUCAACUCAGUCGUUACAAGAUGAAUAUCAAAAAUCAAUUGAAAUGCUGAACUCACAAAUUGAACAACAACAAAUAGAAAUUAAUCAACUAAAACUACAAUUAAAUCAAUAUGAAAACGAAUCUAAACAAAAACCUAUUCAUAUUGAACAACUUGAAAAUGAUUUCGAAAAUCUUAAAUUAUCACAAAGUGAAUUAACUAAAUUACAAGAAGAAUUUAAUAUUACAACAAAACAAUUACAAGAUAAUAUACAACAACUUGAAGAAAAACAGAACGAAAUUUUACAACUUAAUUCUACUAUUAAUGACAUCAAAGUAAUAAACUCAACCAUCACCGAAGAAAAUGAACAAAUUAAAAAACAAUUUGAAGAUAAACAAAAUGAAGUUCUUCAUCUUACGACUCUAAUCGAUGAAAUGAAGGUAAUCAAUGUAGAACUCAAAAAACAAAUCGAAAACGAACUUGAAGAUAAACAUCAUGAAAUUGUUAAACUCAGUACGACAAUUAAUGAGCUAAACACAACAACCAUUGGAGAACAACAACUCAUUCAAAAUCGACUUGAAGAUAAACAAAAUGAAGUUAGUCAACUUACUACAACUCUAAAUCACCUACAAGAAACUAAUCAAACAUUAAAUAAUAAAUGUGUAGAAUUUGAAAAACUACUUGAAGAUAAACAAAAUGAACUUCUUUACCUUACAAGUCGUAUCGAUGAAAUAAAAGCUACAAAUGCUGAAUUUAAUAAACAAAUAGAAAAUGAACUUGAAGAUAAACGUCAUGAAAUUAUUAAACUCAAUACGACAAUUAAUGAAAUAAAUACAACAAUCACUGAAGAGCAACAAGUGACUAAAAAUCAACUUGAAGAUAAACAAAAUCAAAUUGAUCAUCUUACUACUAUUAAUGAAGAAAUGAAAGAGAAAUAUUCAAAAAUAACUGAAGACCUUGAACAAAUUAAAAGACAACUUGAUGAUAAACAAAAUGAAGUUCUUCAACUCAUAACUCUUAUUGAUGAAACGAAAUCAACUAAUGUCGAAAUCAAUAAACAAUUCGAAAGUAAAUUUGAAGGUAAACAAAAUGAAGUUAGUCAACUUAUUACAACUCUAAAUCAAUUACAAGAAGCUAAUCUAACGUUAGACAAUAAAUGUGAACAAUAUGAAAAACAACUUGAAGAAAAACAAAAUGAAAUUGAUCGUCUUACUAGCAUUAUUGAUGAAAUGAGAGAGAAGAAUUCGGAAAUGACUGAAGACCUUGAACAGAUUAAAAAACAACUUGAAGAUAAACAAAAUGAAGUUGUUCAUCUUACGACUCUUAUCGAUGAAAUAAAAGCAAACAAUGUCGAACUCAAUAAUAAAUACAAACAAAUCGAAAACGAACUCGAUGAAAAACAAAAUGAAAUCAAUAAUCUUCAAUCUAAAACUAACGAAUUACAACAAAGUAAUACAACAACCAACGAAGAAUAUGAACAAAUUCAAAUUCGAUUUACCGAAAAAGAAAAUGAAAUUAAUCGUCUUACUAAUAUCAUUAAUAAAAUCAAGACUAAUUAUGAAUUAAAUACAGAACAAUAUGAACAAAUUACAAAACAACUUGAAGAUAAACAAAAUGAAGUUCAUCAUCUUACGUGUCUUAUCGAUGAAAUAAAAGCUACGAAUGCUGAACUUAAUAAACAAAUAGAAAAUGAACUUGAAGAUAAACAAAAUCAAAUUAAUCAUCUUACUACUAUUAAUGAAGAAAUGAAAGAGAAAUAUUCAAGAAUAACUGAAGACCUUGAACAAAUUAAAAAACAACUUGAAGAUAAACAAAAUGAAAUUCUUCAACUUACGAAUCUUAUCGAUCAAAUGAAUGCAAACAAUGUCGAAAUCAAUCAACAAAUUGAAAACGAUCUUGAAGAUAAACAAAAUAAAAUUAUUCAACUUACUAUAACUGUAAAUCAACUAAAAGAAACUAAUCUAACAUUAAAUAACAAAUGUGAACAAUAUGAAAAACAACUUGAAGAAAAACAAAAUGAAAUUGAUCGUCUUACUAGCAUUAUUGAUGAAAUGAGAGAGAAGAAUUCGGAAAUAACUGAAGACCUUGAGCAGAUUAAAAAACAAUUUGACGAUAAACAAAAUGAAGUUCUUCAUCUUACGACUCUUAUCAAUCAAAUGAAAUCAACCAAUGAUGAAUUCCAUAAACAAAUAGAAAAUGAACUUGAAGAUAAACGUCAUGAAAUUAUUAAACUCAAUGCGACAAUUAAUGAACUAAACACAACAACCAUUGAAGAACAACAGCUGAUUAAAAAUCAACUAGAAGAUAAACAACAUGAAAUUAGUCAACUUACUACUGCUAUAAAUCAGCAACAGGAAACUAAUCUAAUAUUGAAUAAUAAAUGUGAACAAUAUGAAAAACAACUUGAAGAAAAACAAAAUCAAAUCGAUCGUCUUACCAUCAUUAUUGAUGAAAUGAAAGAGAAGAAUUCGGAAAUGACUGAAGAUCUUGAACAGAUUAAAAAACAAUGUGACAAUAAACAAAAUGAAGUUGUUCAUCUUACGACUCUUAUUGAUGAAACGAAAGCAACCAAUGUCGAAAUCAAUAAACAAUUUGAAAGUAAACUUGAAGAUAAACACAAUACAAUUAGUGAACUUACUACAGCUAUAAAUCAACUAAAAGAAACUAAUCUAACGUUAAGUAAAAAAUGUGAACAAUAUGAAAAACUACUUGAAGAUAAACAAGAUGAAUUGAAUCAGUUAAAUGUAUUAAAUGAUGAAAUAAAAAUUAAAAAUUCAACAAUGAUUAACGAAUAUGAACAAAUUCAAUUGCAACUUAAAGAAAGUCAAAAUGAAAUAUUUGAACUUAAACAAAUGAUUGAUAAUAUGAAUAUAAGAAAUUCAAAAAUCACUGACGAACAUGAACAAAUUAAUUUACAACUUAAAGAAAAACAAAAUGAAAUUCUUCAUCUUACAGCUUUUAUUGAUGAAAUAAAAGUAAAGAAUUUAACAACUAUUGAAGAACAAGAAUUAGUUAGAAAACAACUUGAAGAAAAACAAAAUGAAAUCAUUCAACUUACAAUUAAUAUUGAUGAACUAAAAGCAACAAAUACAACACUGACGGAUCAAUGUAAACAAUUAAAACAAACUAUUGAAGCACUCGAAGAAUCACAAAUUAUUGAUCGACAAUUAUUAGAACAGACAAACAAAGAGAUCGAAAUACUCAAACAAAAUCUUUCCGAUGAACAAUCAAAUUCCAAUUCUUUAAAACAUACACAACAAUCAUAUGUCGAACGAUUAACUAUAGAACAUCAACAAAUAAUUGAAAAUUUAAAAUCUGAAUAUCUGUCAAUGAUUAAUGAAAAAAGUGAAGAAAUUGAUAAUCUUCAUCAACAAUUAUUAUUUCAACGUUCUGAAAUUGAUUCUCAUCAAGAUACAAAUGAACAUUUAAGAAAAGAACUUCAUGAAUAUGAAAAAAAAAUUUUACAACAAAAUAUUCAACUUGAUCAUUUACUUGAUGAACAAAAACAACAAUCACAAAUAAUAAUACGUUUAAAAAAUAUACUCAAUGUUGAUACAACUAAUGAUGAUGAACUUCUUGAACAAUUUGUACAUAAAAUGGAACAAUAUCAAUUAUUAAUAGCUGAAUCUAAACGUUUAAAUAAUGAUUUAAUUAAACAAAAAUCAGAACAAAUAAAUACUCAUAAUGAAUUACAGCAAUUAGAACAACAAUAUGAUGAUAUUAAAGAUGAAUUAAAUAAAACUAAACAAGAAUUAAUAAUAAAUAAAAAUAAAUAUGAAAAUCAAUUAAAUCAAUUAAAUCAAUCCUAUGAACAAUUACAAAAAGAUAAACAUUCAAUUGAUAUUCAAUAUGAAAAUAUUCAAUGUCAAUUUAUUGAUAAAACUAAACAAUAUGAACAACUUGAAAUAAAAUUUAAUAAAUCAUUAAUUGAAAAAGAUGAACAGAUAUUUCAAUGUCAACAAGAUUUUCAUCAACAAGAAAUUCUUAAUGAUAAACUUCAUCGUGAAUUAAAUGAUUUACAUGAUGAAUUAAAAACUAAAACAAAUGAAAUUCUUUCAUUACAAACAAAUCUUAAUAAAAUUCAACAAAUAUUACAAUCAAAAAUGGAUGAAAUUGAACAACUUUCACAAGAAAAAAUUUCGUUGACAGAAAAUAAUAAUCAAAAAGAAAAACUUUUAUUUGAACAAAAACAAUUAACGGAAGUACAUACAACAUUAGAAGAAAAAUUUAAUAAUAUUUUAUCAGAAAAAGCUGGAUUAGAAAAUCAAUUAGAUACAAUUAGAUUACAAAUGCAAACAACAGAAACAAAUAUGAAUAAGAGAAAACAAAAUAUAAAUAAACUUGAGCAAGCUGAAAAAAGAAUUAAAGAACUUCAGACUGAACAUGAUUCGGUUCGAUCAGAAAUUGAAACAUUACAUAAUCAAAUUGUUUCAUUAAGAAAUACUAAUGAAGAAAAUAUUCGUCGUAUAGCUGAAUUAGAUUCUCAAAAAUUAACUUAUGAACAAGAAAAUAUUGACAAAAAUCGACAAUUAAAAGAAUGUGAUGAAAAAAUUCAAGAACUUCAAUUAACUCUUAAACAAACUCAAGAAAGUGGAAUAAAAUUACGUAAAGCAUUACAUAAAAUGAAAGAAACUAUAACUAAUAGUGAACAAACACAUAAUCAAGAAUUAGAAAUUCGUUUACGUAUGGUUACUGAAGAAUAUGAACAGAAGUUAAACGAACAAGAAGAAGAAUAUAGUACAAAAUUAAAAUCUCUUACUAAAGAAAUGAAUUCACAAAUGGAAGAAAAAGAAAAACAAUUCAAUCAACAACAUCAAGAAUUAAUUGACAGAAGCUAUCAAAAUGAAAAUAAUAUGAAACACAGAAUUAUCGAAGCUGAACAACGAGCAUCAGUCGCUGAAGAACAAUUAAAAAACAAACAAAUAAAUCAACAUCUUAUACAAGAACUUGAAAAUCAAAUAAAUGAUCUUCAAACACAAAUCGAAAGCUUCAACAGUAGAGAAAACAUUCCUAUUCAAACAACUGAUCAUGCUGCUCAAACAAAUAUUGAAGAUUCAAAAUUACAUUCAUCUCUAACGAAUUCCAAUGAUACUUUACAUUCAUUAGUAGUUGAACCAACUGAAAUUGAUUAUUUAAAACAAAUUAUUUUUGCUUAUAUGACAGGAACUGAUCCAAUGACUAUGGUCAAAGUCAUUUGUGCACUGCUUCGUUAUACUGAUGAUGAAAAAUCAGUAAUCAUUGAACAUGAAAAAUAUCGUCAGACUCGUUGGUUAAAUACACCGAGAUAA